GUGAGCUGCAACGAUAAAAUCCCACCAGCAUGUAAUAAAACUAAGCUUCAAUGUGUUCUUGAUACAUUUACUGAAUCAUGGAAGCCAAUGUGCAAUGAUAGCAUCCGAGAAAAAUUCAACGUGGACACGUUCUUGGACAACCUCGAUAAGCUGAUCUUCACGUUCACAAACAAAAGCAAGGAAGAAAGACUAAAGAUGUCAGGAAAACUGCUGAAUGCAGUGGAGAGGAUGGUACAGAACCUGGAUUACCUUUUUCCCAAACCCAUGUCACCCACAAAGAAGCAGAAUUUCAUCAAUACUGUAAGAAUUAGCAGGACCUCUGAAGACAGGAAGAUCUCGCUGAGAAACAGAAAUAGCACCAUACACUUGGACACAAAGACGGCUUUGGGAAAAGCCACAAACACACCAGUGGUUGGAUGUCUGGAAUAUGGCAACAUUGCCCCAUUGCUGGAAGGUGCCGAACUUAAGAUUGGUUCACAAGAUCUGACAGCGAAACUUGUUUCGUCUGUAGUUUCCGUAUUCUUCGGGAUGGAUAAUACAUCCAACCUCAGUAAGCCCAUUCAGCUGCAACUUAACUUCACUGAGAAGAAUGUGACAUCAAGCAAGACACAUUGUGCCUUCUGGUCUGUAGAGGAUGCUGCCUGGAGCACUGAAGGAUGUGAGACACUUGAGAGACACCAGCAUGGAGUUGUCUGCAACUGCACUCAUUUAACCAGCUUUGCUAUCCUGAUGGCUAUGGGGAAUAUAGAGAGUUGGACAUUAACCCUCCUUACGAAAAUUGGGCUUUCAAUCUCAAUCGUAUGCCUUGCCGUUGCCAUCAUUACAUUUUCCUUGUGUCGAUUUCUGCGUGGAAAACGGAACACUAUCCACAUACACUUGUGUGUUUCCCUUUUGCUUGGUCACUGCAUCUUUCUAAUUGGCAUUGAAGCUUUUUCCAAUAAGGUGGUGUGUGGAAUAGUGGCGGGGCUCCUGCAUUUCUUCUACCUCUCUGCUUUCUGCUGGAUGUCUCUGGAAGGAUUGGAACUCUACUUAAUGCUUGUCAACGUAUUUAAGACCCAAGUGAAGACUAGAUACCUUCUGGCAGUGGGCUAUGGAGUGCCGACUGUGAUCAUCAUAAUUAGUGCAGCAGUGUUUCCUGGUGGAUAUGGGACCAAAAAACACUGCUGGCUGUCAACCGAUCACAAUUUUAUCUGGAGCUUCAUGGGACCUGUGUGUGUCAUUAUUCUGAUGAAUUGUGGAAUUUUUGUAUUGACUGUUUGGAAACUGGCUGAGAAAAUGACAGCGAUCAACCCAGAGCAAGGAAAACUAAAACGCCUAAGGAGUUUGACGGUGACCUCAGUUGCCCAGCUGUGCAUUCUGGGCUGUUGUUGGGCAUUUGGAUUCCUCAUGUUUGGGAAGGCAGACAUAGUUUUUGCAUACGCAUUCACCAUCUGCAACGUUCUGCAAGGAGUACAGAUCUUCUUCCUGCACUGCCUCAUGAACAAAAAGGUUCGGGAUAAAUACAGCGAUGUGAUCUGUGCGCUCGCUCAUUUCAGGUCUCCACUCUACUCCGAAUUCAGCAACAGCAGCAAUGUAAAUACACAGAGCAGGGCCAAGGUAAGCAAGGAGUCUGGCUUAUGA